UAGGCGCUGGUAACCGGUCAGCGCGAACCGGGACAUGGAGCCGCCCGGCGGGGCUGUGGGGCCCGGCCGCGGGACCCGGGAUAAGAAGAAGGGCCGGAGUCCAGACGAGCUGCCUGCGGCGGGUGGCGACGGCGGCAAAUCCAAGAAAUUUACUCUGAAGCGGCUCAUGGCAGAUGAGCUGGAGAGAUUCACCAGUAUGAGAAUUAAGAAGGAGAAGGAAAAGCCCAAUUCUGCUCAUAGAAAUUCUUCUGCAUCAUAUGGGGAUGAUCCCACAGCACAGUCGUUGCAAGAUGUUUCAGAUGAACAAGUUUUAGUUCUCUUUGAACAGAUGCUGCUGGAUAUGAAUUUGAAUGAAGAAAAACAGCAACCUUUGAGGGAAAAGGACAUCAUCAUUAAGAGGGAGAUGGUGUCCCAGUAUUUGCACACCUCCAAGGCUGGUAUGAGCCAAAAGGAAAGCUCCAGGUCUGCCAUGAUGUACAUUCAGGAGUUGAGGUCAGGCUUGCGGGAUAUGCCUCUGCUCAGUUGCCUGGAGUCACUUCGUGUAUCUCUCAACAACAACCCUGUCAGUUGGGUGCAAACCUUUGGUGCUGAGGGCCUGGCCUCCUUAUUAGAUAUCCUUAAACGACUUCAUGAUGAGAAAGAGGAGACUACUGGAAGCUAUGAUAGCCGGAAUAAGCAUGAGAUCAUUCGCUGCUUGAAAGCUUUUAUGAACAACAAGUUUGGAAUCAAGACCAUGUUGGAGACAGAAGAAGGAAUUCUACUGCUGGUCAGAGCCAUGGAUCCUGCUGUUCCCAGCAUGAUGAUCGAUGCCGCUAAGCUGCUUUCUGCUCUUUGUAUCCUGCCACAACCAGAGGACAUGAAUGAAAGGGUUUUGGAGGCGAUGACAGAAAGAGCUGAGAUGGAUGAGGUGGAACGUUUCCAGCCACUGCUGGAUGGAUUAAAAAGUGGGACCUCCAUUGCACUCAAGGUGGGAUGCCUACAGCUGAUCAAUGCUCUCAUCACUCCAGCUGAAGAACUUGACUUCCGAGUUCACAUUCGAAGUGAACUGAUGCGCUUGGGGUUACAUCAGGUGUUGCAGGACCUACGAGAGAUUGAAAAUGAUGAUAUGAGAGUGCAACUAAAUGUGUUUGAUGAACAAGGGGAAGAAGAUUCCUAUGACCUGAAGGGACGGCUGGAUGACAUUCGUAUGGAGAUGGAUGACUUUAAUGAAGUCUUCCAGAUUCUCUUAAACACAGUGAAAGAUUCGAAGGCAGAGCCAUACUUCCUGUCUAUUCUGCAGCACCUACUGUUGGUACGAAAUGACUAUGAGGCCAGACCACAGUAUUAUAAGUUGAUUGAAGAAUGUAUUUCUCAGAUAGUUUUGCACAAGAAUGGGGCUGAUCCUGACUUCAAGUGCCGGCAUCUUCAGGUUGAUAUUGAGGGAUUGAUCGAUCAAAUGAUUGAUAAAACAAAGGUGGAGAAAUCUGAAGCCAAAGCUACAGAGCUGGAAAAAAAGCUGGACUCAGAGUUAACAGCCCGACAUGAGCUACAGGUGGAAAUAAAAAAGAUGGAAAGUGACUUUGAGCAGAAGCUUCAGGAUCUUCAGGGAGAAAAGGAUACAUCGGAUUCUGAAAAGCAACAAAUUGCCACAGAGAAACAGAACCUAGAAGUAGAGGUGUCCCAGCUCACGGGAGAGGUUGCCAAGCUGUCAAAGGAACUGGAAGAUGCCAAGAAAGAAAUGGCCUCUCUCUCCGCUGUGGUCGUUGCUGUAGUUCCUUCUGCUCCUAGUAGUUCUACUGUUCCCCCUGCUCCUUUACCUGGUGACUCUGGCACUGUUAUUCCACCACCACCCCCUCCAUUACCAGGAGGGGUUAGCAUACCACUCCCACCUCCUCUUCCUGGGAGUAUUACCAUUCCUCCUCCACCACCACCUCCUCCUUUGCCUGGGGGUUCUGCCAUACCCCCACCCCCUCCUUUGCCUGGGGGUGCUGCCAUACCCCCACCCCCUCCUUUGCCUGGGUGUGCUGCCAUACCCCCACCCCCUCCUUUGCCUGGGGGUGCUGCCAUACCCCCACCCCCUCCUUUGCCUGGGGGUGCUGCCAUACCCCCACCCCCUCCUUUGCCUGGGGGUGCUGCCAUACCCCCACCCCCUCCUUUGCCUGGGGGUGCUACCAUACCCCCACCCCCUCCUUUGCCUGGGGGUGCUGCCAUACCCCCACCUCCUCCUCCCUUGCCUGGAGGACCAGGAAUGCCACCUCCCCCUCCCCCUUUUCCUGGUGGUCCUGGAAUCCCUCCACCCCCUCCAUUUCCUGGAGGUCCUGGCAUUCCUCCACCUCCACCGGGAAUGGGUAUGCCUCCACCUCCCCCCUUUGGAUUUGGAGUUCCUGCAGCCCCAGUUCUACCUUUUGGAUUAACCCCCAAAAAGCUUUAUAAGCCAGAGGUGCAGCUCCGGAGGCCAAAUUGGUCCAAGUUUGUGGCUGAGGACCUCUCCCAGGACUGCUUCUGGACAAAGGUGAAGGAGGACCGUUUUGAGAACAACGAACUUUUCGCCAAACUUACCCAUACCUUCUCUGCCCAGACCAAGACCAAGAAAGACCAGGAAGGUGGAGAAGAAAAGAAAUCUGUCCAAAAGAAGAAAGUGAAAGAGUUAAAGGUGUUAGAUUCAAAGACAGCUCAGAAUCUCUCAAUCUUUUUGGGUUCCUUCCGCAUGCCCUAUCAAGAGAUAAAGAAUGUCAUCCUGGAGGUGAAUGAGGCUGUUCUGACUGAGUCCAUGAUCCAGAACCUCAUUAAGCAGAUGCCAGAGCCAGAGCAGUUAAAAAUGCUUUCUGAACUGAAGGAUGAAUAUGAUGAUCUGGCUGAGUCAGAGCAGUUUGGUGUGGUGAUGGGAACGGUGCCUCGUCUGCGGCCUCGCCUCAAUGCCAUCCUCUUCAAGCUACAGUUCAGUGAACAAGUAGAAAAUAUCAAGCCAGAGAUUGUGUCUGUCACUGCCGCAUGUGAAGAGUUGCGCAAGAGUGAGAGCUUUGCCAGUCUCCUAGAGAUUACCUUGCUUGUUGGAAACUAUAUGAAUGCUGGCUCCAGGAAUGCUGGUGCUUUUGGCUUCAAUAUCAGCUUCCUCUGUAAGCUGCGAGACACUAAGUCCACAGAUCAGAAGAUGACGUUGUUGCACUUCUUAGCUGAAUUGUGUGAGAAUGACUAUCCUGAUGUCCUCAAGUUUCCAGAUGAGCUUGCCCAUGUGGAGAAAGCCAGCCGAGUUUCUGCUGAAAACUUGCAAAAGAACCUAGAUCAGAUGAAGAAACAAAUUUCUGAUGUGGAACGUGAUGUUCAGAAUUUUCCAGCUGCCACAGAGGAAAAAGACAAAUUUGUUGAAAAAAUGACUAGUUUUGUGAAGGAUGCACAGGAGCAGUAUAACAAGCUGCGGAUGAUGCAUUCUAAUAUGGAGACUCUCUAUAAGGAGCUGGGUGAUUAUUACCUCUUUGACCCGAAGAAGUUAUCUGUGGAAGAAUUCUUCAUGGAUCUGCACAACUUUAGGAAUAUGUUUUUGCAAGCAGUCAAGGAGAACCAGAAGCGGCGGGAGACAGAAGAAAAGAUGCGUCGAGCAAAACUAGCAAAGGAGAAGGCAGAGAAAGAACGGCUAGAGAAACAGCAGAAGAGAGAGCAGCUUAUAGACAUGAAUGCAGAGGGCGAUGAGACAGGUGUGAUGGACAGUCUUCUAGAGGCCCUGCAGUCGGGGGCAGCAUUCAGGCGGAAGAGAGGGCCCCGUCAGGACAACCCCUUGUGCCCCUGGGAGGAGGAGGAAGAGAAGGAGGACACUUAUAAAUUGCAAACAGGAAGGCCGGGUGUGCAGUUACAUCUGUGCUAGCUACGGAGCUGACCAAGGAUGAUGCCAUGUCUGCUGUUCCUGUCAAGGUGCCCAAGAAAACUGAGGCAGUCCCCACAAUCCUUGAGGAAGACAAGGAGUUAGUUGGCCGUGCAAGCUAAGCUGGGUCCUAUGGCCAUGGCAGCUCCUGAGUGGAGCCCCAGACUGUCCCGCCCUACAGCAUGUGCCUAAAGGCUCAAGGGGAUAUUCCUCUGGGGUGGCCACUCCCACCACCCUAACCCUGUCUUUCUUUCUGGCCUGCUGCUCUCUGAACAUCACAUACAGCUUCAGCCAGAAGAAAAGGGCAGUGUGGGGGAGGCCUGAGCCCAACCCAGCCAACCCUGGCUGUUGUAUUACCAAAGCAGGGUCUGUGUUUGCUGCCUUAACCCUGUCCCCUCUCUGUUACUCAGAGGGCCUCAUCUCAGACAAGGCCCAGCCUGCUUUCUUAGCCCUGACUUUCUAGUGGGCUUUCCCUUAGGUCAAUCUUGCUGAAUUUGUGCUUUUCUUUUGUGGUUUCUCUGGCCCUGAGAACAGCAUGGGGCUUAUGAACCUUUGGGCUAGAUAUAGCCUUUCAUUGCUAUCACCUCUGCUUUUCCCUUCCCUCUCCUGGCUAUUAUUUAUUACUAGUGGUGUGGCAUCAGGAGCUGAUCCUAGGGAAGUGGGAAGCAAAUCCCACUCUUACCCCACCUUCUUGGGAAAGGCCUCCCAAUACAGAAAGGAUCUGGACCACUUUACCUGUUUGGCCAUGGCCCAGGCCAGAGCUUGUCGGCAGGCAGACUGACCAUAGCAGUGUGGGGCCUGUGCCCAGCCUGCUGCCAUGCUUUAUGUCUUUGCCUCUCUGGACCCUGUGUACCACCCCCCAGGCUACCAAGCCAAGGCCUCUCCUCAUGCCUUCCCUGAGAGCUUUGGUGCCUCUCAUCUGGACUAUGGGCUGUAUUGUGACCAUCGCAACACCUCACCCCCUGUCUCCAAGGAAAUGGGAGGUGGAGCCUCCUGGCUGAGAAAUUGUUUUGCAAAUGGAUCUAUUUUUGUAUG